UGGCGCUAAUGAACGACUCGGACCGUAUGCUGCUGCAGCGCAUCAUGGCAGCUGGCGCGAUGGAAGAUCAAGAGGUGCGGCGCUUGGCCAGGAAACUCACAGGCGAAGAUAUGACCGCCACAGAUGUGGAUCAAAUGGUGAAUAAAGUGGCUGGAAACAUCCGACCGUUUGCGCUUGACGUCCGUCGCGGCAUGUACGACGACGGCAAGAUGUACUUGGCUGUUGUCAACACGAGCAAUGACUCGCUGACAGCGUUUGGUAGCAAUUUCAAGCCGUGGGAGAUCGUGUUCCUGCGCAAGGCCAUGGAGGAGAUCGUGGACACAGAUGAAGGAGCUCUGGAGGAGGCAACCUUGUAUAAUCUGCGCAAAAGUCCCACCACGUUGAACGAAGUGGAGGAGCUACUUCGCAAGCUGACAGCCGAAAAGUGGAUCGCACCAAGCGCCAUUCAAUUAGGGACGCGCAGCUUCACGCUGGGACCGCGUGCUUACCUGGAGCUGAUUGCAUUUCUGCGCGACUUGCAGGUCAAGAAAUGCCCGAUUUGUCAAUACGAACUGCUGCAGGGAGCGAAGUGCCACGACAGAAACUGUGAGACUGUAGCCCACCAAGGCUGCAUCGAUAAGUACGAGAACAGAGGAGUACGCUACAAGUGCCCUACUUGCCAAAACCAGUUGCGACGAUAAUUUCGUGUAACGGGCACAAUCAGAUAAUUCUCGCGAAUGCAUAUUUGGAACU